AUGAAGGACUUGGCGAGAAUUCUCUUUCUUUGCCUAUUGAGUUUCCACUGGAGCUGUAUUCAUGGAGAACAGACAUUCAUGCUCUUAGCAGGUCCUUUAACCAACCAUUUUGUGAAGGAUUUGAAAACAAACCCUUCUGCCAGACUAAUUUUGCCUCCUGAGGUACCUCCAGAUUCAGAUGAUGCCUUCCUCUGCAGAGGUCCUCUCCCAUCACAGUCCAGAGACUACUUCCAGGACCUUUGGAGAAGAGGGGUGACCCAUUUCAAAGUUCCUUUGUCCUGGUUAGACGUCCUUCCCAUAGGUGAUCCCAUUCAUCCCAAUAAGGAGACAGUGACCUGCUACAAGAACCUCCUGCAGCAGCUGGCUAGGGCAGGCAUCCAGCCGCUGCUUGAACUUCACCGUUCCACGCUGCCAGAGGCCCUUGAAAGCAGAUAUGGGGGCUGGGAGAACCCUGACGUGAGGCAGAUGUUUGAGAACUAUGCAUCUUUUGUUUUCACUACGUUUGGAGAUUUGGUCGACUCAUAUAUCACCUUUAGCCACUUUCAUGAGCUCGGAGAUUUGUCACAGUAUCAAAGUGCUCUCCAGGUCCAUACAAAUGUUUAUCAACUCCACCGACACAUGUUUAGGGAUGGCCACAUUUCCCUUGGAAUGAGAGCAACUGAUAUUACCAAUCUUUACCAAACAGGGCUAAUAAACAUGAAAUAUAUGGAUUUCUUGUCAGUUCACAUGGACUAUAUCUGCACCAUGACAAAUCUCAGAGAAGAGCUAACAGAAAUGCAGAGGAUGAUUGAUCAACAGUACUUUCUCAUAUAUCAGAUAAACACUGAGAAUUGUGCUGAAAGCAAUUUUCAGCCUCUCAUCAGUGUCCUUGAAGCCUUACAAAGCACAGAGAUUUAUGUUAUUGGCUGUGAUGUAACUGACCUAUUAUUGAAGUUUGAUCAAGGAGACAUAAGCUUGCAGAUUGACAACCCACUGUCUGGUGUUAAGGAGAAAAGUACAUCUGCACUCUCUUACCAGAAGGUCUGGGAGAAAUUCAGAACUCAGAGCCCAUCUGAAAGAGAUCUUUUCCUGAAUGGUUCAUUCCCAGAUGGGUUUCAAUGGGCUGUCUCUACUGAGUCAUUCAAAGUGGAGGGUGGCUGGUCUGAACAUAGGAAAGGAGAGACUGUCUGGGACCGCUUUGGUCAUGAGGGUCAUGUAUUUGAUAACCAGACUGCUGAUCUGGCAUGUGACAGCUACAACAAAGUGGAUUAUGAUGUGUACCUGCUUAGGGGCAUGCGUGUGCCCAAUUAUCAAUUCUCAAUUUCUUGGGCUCGCAUUUUCCCCACUGGUCAGAAAGAAAGCCUUUUAAAAAAGGGGGCACUGUAUUAUGACAAGUUGAUUGACACACUCCUACAAUCAGGUAUAGAGCCUACAGUCACACUGCAUCACUGGGACCUGCCACAAGCCCUACAGGAUUAUGGAGGAUGGACCAAUGACUCCAUUGUUGGGGCUUUCAAAGACUUUGCAGACUUCUGCUUCUCUAGAUUUGGAGACAGAGUGAAGACAUGGAACACUUUCAGCAGUCCCUGGGUGGUUAGCAACUCUGGGUAUGGUACGGGAGAAUAUCCGCCAGGUAUCAAGGAUCCCAUUGUGUCUUCUUACCAAGUGACACAUAACAUGAUAAAAGCUCAUGCAGAGGCCUGGCAUGUCUACAAUGAGAAAUAUAGGAAGCAACAGGGAGGGAAAGUAGGCAUUGCUCUCAACUCAGACUGGGCAGAACCAAAGAACUCAGCCAGUAACCAGGACAUAGAGGCAGCAGAACGCUACCUGAGCUUCACACUGGGAGGGUUUGCUUACCCUAUAUUUGUGGAUGGAGACUAUCCAGCACUGCUGAAACGACACAUUGAUCAGAAGAAUAUUGAAUGUGGCAAAGAGGUGGCUAGGCUCCCAGUUUUUACACAAGCCGAGAGACAGAGGAUCAGAGGCACAGCUGAUUUCUUCGGGCUAAAUCACCACACCACGCGCCUUGUCAACUACAGUCGGGGCAGUUGCACACCUGGUCCCGAAGGUGUUGGGGACUUUCAGGCUCAUAUUGACCCAAGUUGGCCCACCACAGCAUCAAGCCAAAUACAAUCUGUGCCAUGGGGACUUCGCCGAUUAGUGAACUACAUUGCUGCAGAGUACUUAUCGGUGACCACCGUACCCAUUUACAUCACUGGUAAUGGGGUGCCAACAGAGUACAGCAGUGAUGUUCUUAAUGACACUCAGCGUAUAGACUUCCUUAAGGCUUAUAUCAAUGAGGCAAUGAAAGCCAUCAAAUUGGACAGUGUUGCUGUUCAGAGGUUCACAGUACAAUCCCUCAUAGAUGGGUUUGAGGGUCUUCAAGGCUACAGUCAAAGGUUUGGACUGCAUUUCGUAAACUUUGAAAAUUCCAAUAGACCCAGAACCCCAAAAGCUUCUGCCUACUAUGUCUCCCAAGUCAUUGAAAGAAAUGGCUUUGAGGAGACAAGAGCAAGUCCCUUUAGGUACAUAUUUGGCAAAGAAAAAGAGAGUUCAAGACUUGCCCAUCUGCCACCAUCUGAAGUUCCCUCAAAAUCAAAAGUUGUUUGGGAGAAGUUCUCACCUCAGUCCAAAUUUCAGAAGAAACUUUAUCACUAUGGAACAUUCCCAGUCGGAUUCCAAUGGGGCGUUUCAACCUCAGCAUAUCAAAUUGAAGGUGGCUGGAAUGCUGAUGGGAAGGGAUCUAGUACAUGGGACACUUUCACACACAAGCCAGGUAUGAUCCAAAACAAUGACAAUGGUGAUGUGGCUUGCGAUAGCUAUAAUAAAAUUGAAGAAGAUCUCUACAUGUUGAGGGCCCUGAAAGUAAAGACAUAUAGGUUCUCUUUAUCCUGGCCUAGAAUAUUUCCCAAUGGUUAUAGAGCUUCUCUAAACAAGAAGGGGGUUGAUUAUUACAACAGACUCAUAGAUCGUCUCAUCAGAUACAAUAUCACACCAAUGGUGACACUCCACCACUGGGAUCUCCCUCAAGCUCUUCAAGACAUCAAUGGCUGGGACAACAUAACUAUGAUUGACAUAUUUAAUGACUACUGUGACUUCUGCUAUGAAACCUUUGGAGACAGAGUAAAGUUUUGGAUGACCUUCAACCAACCACACACAAUCGCAUGGGUAGGCUAUGGACUUGGAGCUUUUCCCCCCAAUAUAAAGAAGCCUGCAGAUGCUCCUUAUAGGGUAGCACAUAACCUCUUAAAGGCUCAUGCUAGCGCGUACCAUACAUAUGAUGAUAAAUACAGAAAAACACAGCAUGGGCUGGUGUCCAUUAGUCUGAAUGCAGACUGGGUUGAACCUCUAGAUGUAAAUAUCCCACGAGAGGUGGAUGCUGCUGACCGAGCACUGCAGUUCCAGCUUGGAUGGUUUGCCCACCCCAUCUUUAAAAAUGGAGACUAUCCCGAUGCCAUGAAGUGGCAGGUGGGUAACAAGAGUGAGCUCCAAGGCUUAUCUGAAUCCAGGUUGCCAUCUUUUACUGAGGGGGAGAAAGCCUAUAUCCAAGGCACUGCUGAUGUCUUCUGCAUUAAUGCUUACACCACUAGAAGGGUGCAUCAUGUGACUUCCAGGCUAUCUCCUAAGUCCUAUGAGUUUGAUCAAGAUAUUGCUAUAAAAGAUGUGGAAGACUCUCAAGAAACGGCAGUGAAGGAACUGAGGACAGCAGCUUGGGGACUGAGGAGACUUCUUAACUGGAUAAAGGAGGAGUAUGGGAACCCUGAAAUUUACAUAACAGAGAAUGGAGUUUCUACAAAUACUGCCACAACUGACGAUGACACAUACAGAAUAUUCUUCCUGAAGACUUAUAUUGACGAGGCUCUGAAAGCACACAAUCUGGAUGGAGUGCAACUUAAGGGCUACACUGCUUGGUCUCUCAUGGAUGCUUUUGAGUGGCUUAAUGGCUACAGUGUUGGCUUUGGACUUCACCAUGUGGACUUCAAACACCCAGAUCGCCCAAGGACUCCAAAACGCAGUGCUCACUAUUACUAUGAUAUCAUCAGAGACAAUGGUUUUCCACUACCAGAGGAAGAGAAGCCACUGUAUGGCAAUUUCUGUGAAGGAUUUGCAUGGAGCGUAGCUACAGCAUCUUAUCAGAUUGAGGGAGGCUGGAGAGCAGAUGGAAAAGGUUUGAGCAUUUGGGACAAAUUUGCACACACACCUCUUAAGGUGGGGAAUGACGACAAUGGAGAUGUUGCUUGUGAUAGCUACCACAAAAUCAACGAGGAUGUUGACAUGCUCAGAAGACUCAAGGUCAACCACUACCGUUUCUCCAUAUCAUGGCCAAGAAUUCUGCCUGACGGAACUACAAGAAAAAUCAAUGAGGCAGGACUGAACUAUUAUCACCACCUGAUAGAUGCACUUUUGGCAGUCAACAUCAAGCCUCAGGUAACACUCUAUCACUGGGACCUUCCUCAAGCAUUGCAAGAUGUUGGAGGUUGGGAGAAUGAUACAAUUGUUAAAAGGUUCAGAGACUAUGCUGAUGUUGUCUUUAGUAACCUAGGAGAAAAAGUGAAGUUUUGGAUCACUAUUAAUGAGCCUUAUAAUGUUGCAAAUAUUGGACAUGGCUAUGGCACAGCUGCACCAGGUAUAAGUUUCCGGCCAGGUACGGCACCCUAUAUUGUAGCCCACAACCUCAUUAAGGCCCAUGCCGAGGCGUGGCACCUGUACAAUGACAGGUAUCGUGCCAAACAAGGUGGAAUUGUCGGCAUCACCAUAAACUCUGACUGGGCUUUGCCUAGAAACCCUUACAAACAAGAGGACAUUGAUGCAGCCAGGCGUGUUGUGGAGUUCCAGAUUGGCUGGUUUGCUCACCCUGUUUUUAAUGGAGAUUACAAUAAGGUCAUGAAGAACAGAAUUCGAGAAAGGAGUUUUGCUGCUGGUCUACCCAAAUCACGACUUCCAGAAUUCACCCCUGAGGAGGUGAAAAGGAUAAAGGGAACCUAUGAUUAUUUUGGGUUCAACCAUUAUACCACUGUCUUAGCUUUCAACAUGGACUACAAAAACCUCCAACACUAUGACGCCGACAGGGGUGUGGGAACUAUUCAUGACCGUUCAUGGCUGGAUUCUGGAUCUGCCUGGUUGAAAGUGACACCACCUUGGUUCAGAACAAUCUUGAACUUUAUCAAGGAAGAGUAUGGGAACCCUAUUAUUUAUAUUACUGAGAAUGGCAUCUCUGAAAGAGGAAAUAUGAAUCUGAAUGACAUCCACAGAAUUCACUACUAUGAAAACUACAUCAAUCAGGCUCUGAAAGCAUAUUUGCUCGAUGGAGUGGACAUACGAGGCUACACAGCCUGGACUUUGAUGGAUAAUUUGGAGUGGGCCACAGGUUUUGCUGAGAAAUUUGGUCUCUUCUACAUAAACCGCUCAGAUCCUUCUCUCCCACGUAUACCCAAGCAGUCUGCCACACACUAUGCUACCAUUGUCAACUGCAAUGGCUUCCCAGAGCCCAGUCACACACCCCAUGACUGUCAAAUCCUUGAACCUGAAGGAACAAAUAUGCCUCUGACCACUCCGAGUUCUCCAGAUGUGCGCAUGGUGGUGGAUUUUCUGGGUUUGGAGGUGUCUGCUCCAGAUGCAGAGGUGGCCCUCUAUGUCCUCUUGGGAUUCACAGUCGCAGGCACAAUCACAGCUGCCUUCCUGACCUAUAAAUUCAUUAGAGCAAAAAAUAAAUCAAACUGGCCCAAGGUAGAACAUCUAACGCUCGAGAACAAAUUAUGA